GCGGCUGCCGCCACCGCCUGGAGCUCCAUGGGCCUCUCCUGCGCGCCGCCCCGUGUGAGGCCGAGUCCGGCAAGCCGCGGCGCCGGGUGCCCGAGCCAUCGCGGCUGCUGGAGGCUGGGCCCCGGAGCAGGGGCAGCAGCGGGCGGCGCGGGACUGCGAGCUGCCUCCAGAUUGACGAUGCCAGGAUGGACAGAAUAGCUUAUGAUGCUUAUCCCCGCCCACCACUUCCGAGACAUUGAGCGGAAACCAGAGUACCUCCAGCCGGAGAAGUGCGCCCCACCUCCCUUCCCGGGCCCCGCGGGAACCAUGUGGUUCAUCCGCGAUGGCUGUGGCAUCGCCUGUGCCGUUGUCACCUGGUUUCUAGUCCUCUACGCGGAGUUCGUCGUCCUCUUUGUCAUGCUGAUUCCAUCCCGAGACUACGUGUACGGCAUCAUCAACGGGAUUGUGUUCAACCUGCUGGCCUUCCUGGCGCUGGCCUCCCAUGGCCGGGCCAUGCUGACGGACCCCGGGGCGGUACCCAAAGGAAAUGCCACUAAAGAGUUCAUCGAGAGCCUUCAGCUGAAGCCUGGGCAGGUGGUGUACAAAUGCCCCAAGUGCUGCAGCAUCAAGCCGGACCGGGCGCAUCACUGCAGUGUCUGUAAGCGGUGCAUUCGCAAGAUGGACCACCACUGUCCUUGGGUCAACAACUGUGUCGGGGAGAACAACCAGAAGUACUUUGUCCUGUUUACAAUGUACAUAGCUCUCAUUUCCUUGCACGCCCUCAUCAUGGUGGGAUUCCACUUCCUGCAUUGCUUCGAAGAAGACUGGACAAAAUGCAGCUCUUUCUCACCGCCUACCACGGUCAUCCUGCUCAUCCUGCUGUGUUUUGAGGCGCUGCUCUUCCUCAUCUUUACAUCAGUGAUGUUUGGGACUCAAGUACACUCCAUCUGCACAGAUGAGACGGGCAUUGAACGCCUCCAACGAAAGAAACAGCCCAGGGAGCACUCGGGCAGCUGGAAGUCCGUCCAGGAGGCUUUUGGUGGGGACUUUUCCCUGAACUGGUUCAACCCUUUCACCGGACCUUGUCAACCAGAGACACCCAUUGACAAGGGCUUGGUCCGGCAAGUGUCAUCUCUGUCAGACGUGGACAACAUGGAGACAACCGAGAGCCCAUUGGAGGAGACAAAAGACAGGGAUUCUGUGGAGGUGCUGGAUGAAUAGAGGCCCUAGAGAGUAAGGC